GCGAGCAAAGACGGCUAAGCAGCGCCUUGCCAUUGCCGAUGGUAUUGUUGAUGCCUAAACGGAGCGAAUUAGAGAGAGGGAAGGCCCCGAGUUUUUUUUUUUUCUUUCUCCAAAUGUUAAGUCGGCACAUGACGUGGCCCUGUAACACAACCUCGCGGUUUUUAUCGAUAAUGCUUUUUUUUUUCUAAAACACUUCUCGGACUUUCUUUUUCUUUGCCCAGGGACUGCUAUUUAGAUGCGGAUGGGAACUAUGGGAGGUGCAUGGCGCAGAACGAAGACAAUACGAAGACUCGUACUUUUGAGAAAAGGAAAGAAAAAAAAACUUAUGAGAGGCAUGGAAUUGGAAUUCAUCAGUAAUGGAAAAAAGAGACAUAUAAGGAGGGCCAGGUAUACCGAGGACUCAUGUGGUGGGCAUAGGGCGAGGACUUGGCGAGGAUUGGGACUGAUGUAUGACUAGGUACUUAUUACUUGUAGAGAGGGAAUGUAUUCAAUGCACCAAUUAUACCUA